CUGGAUCUGUCUGCUGUGCAUGCGCAGAUCAGACGGACAACAAGCCAUCUCGAGGCUCGAUACGUCGACUGCGGUGACGAGUUUGGUGGCGGUCUCAGCCCCAAGCUUUCACCAUGGCUGGAGAAGCAUGGCCCCGACGGCACACAGGACGUCUGCAUUGAGGGCGUGGACUCAGAUGGCCAACCGACCACCUUCAACUUCACGCUGCAUGAAGAUCGGCUGGACGACUAUCCUGGCCCCGGGCACAACGAUGCAUGCCUGGACAUCUGCACCGAGUUCGCGGAGCUCAUAGUGGCCAACCUGCUGGAUCGGUUGGGGGACCUUGACAAGCUGUCGGGUGUGCGCAUGUUCACUCCCGAUAGCUGGCCGCACGACAGGCAUGAACGCCUCGCAAAGUGUCAGGAGUGGCUGGAGUCGCUGAUCACUCUCUUUCGGGCGGAUGAAAGCGAAGAAAUCGUGCCUGGUGAGCCAAUAAGUGGUGCAUUUGCAUGUUGA